CGGGAUCACAUUUAUAUGGAAACUAGGCUUCGCCAUCACAAGCAAAAAGAAGAACACUUGGCCGGCAUGUCGCCGGAGAAUUUUACAGCGUCCCCGCUGUCUGGCGACGAAGCCGCCGACGUUAGCACCCCAUCGCCGCCUAGAAAAAGUACUCGGUACGUAAUUAGCAGGAAAGGAGGGGAGAAGAGGGUUGUUUCGGUGCCGACGGUAGGCGGCGACGGAUCACGGAGUAAAGCGGAAGUCUACCCGCCGCCGGAUUCUUGGUCGUGGCGGAAGUACGGCCAAAAACCCAUUAAAGGCUCCCCUUAUCCCAGGGGAUAUUAUCGAUGUAGUAGCUCAAAAGGCUGUCCGGCAAGAAAACAAGUGGAGCGGAGCCGGCUGGACCCCACCACGAUCCUCCUCACCUACUCCUCCACCCACAACCACCCGCCGCCGACCAAAACCCACCACCAUACCACCGCCGUUGCCACCGUCCCCGCCUCUGACCCCGUCCCCCCUCCCUCACCGGAUCUGCACAUCUUCGCGGACCCAGACCCGGAGAUCGACUGCUUCAGGGAGAUCGCCGGCGAUCUGGGGUGGUUCCCCGACGUGGGGUCCCGUUUCGUGGAGAUCCCGGCGGCGGGGUCCGUUCUGUGGCGCGAUGCUGACGUCGCGCUCAUGUUGCCCGUCGGGGAAGAGGACCAGCCCUUGUUCGGGGAUCUCGGCGAGCUGCCGGAGUGCUCGGUGGUGUUCCGCCGUGCAACAUUUGAAACGCCGUGCUUAGCCGCCGGGACGGGGUGAAAGGCGAAAGCGACAUGGACGGCAUCUUUACUCACUGUAGGAUUUUAAAAAAAAAAGAAAUAAUGAAAUUUCUUGUCACGUGGCCCCCACUUAUUGCGCCGGGUCAUGCGGAAUGAUAUUUAUAGUGGAGUCGACCUUUUUUUAAUCAUCAUUUUGUUUACGGAAUAGUACAAUUUUACUCUAUUAUGUAAAGAUCAUAUAGAUAAUGUUUCCGAG